UAUCAGUGAUACAGUUUAUCUUUUUGCCUCAUUUCGAUCGAGACAGGUGGAGAAACUGUAGGUGUGCGAAGCUAGUGCGUUUUUUUGUGUCCCAAAGGGCGAAUUCCGACAAUGACGAGCAUUGAAACUGUGGGGGCCCUAAUCCUCAAAAUCCUCAAGUUGGUCCUCAACUUGAUCAUCAUUAUCUUGUACCGCACCGGCUUUAGCGGCGGUUUUCUGGGAGUUGGAGGCACUUGGAACUUGAACGAGGAGAAAAACCCGGAUGCUGAAAUCGUAGCAUCGGGGAUUUUCGUUGGAUAUUUUAUUUACACAUGCGUUUCGAUCAUAAGUUUAUGCUUUGCUACGGCCGACCACAAAAACACUUUUACCGACAUUUUGAUGAACAUUAUUGGGGUUUUUCUGUGGGUUGCCAUCGGGGCCACUGCGAUUCACUACUGGAGUGGUUACCUCUUGGAACAUAAGUACCAAACAACGGCUUCCGAAAGAGAGGUGGGGCUGGCUAUGGGGGCCUUGUGUAUACUGAAUGGAGCGGCGUACCUCAUCGAUACAGUCUUGUCUGUCAUUUUUGUCAUCAAAGCGAAAUUGUAAACGGGUCAAGCAUUGACUGCCGAGUAUGACAACUGUUCGAAGUAGAUUUAGUUUUACACAAGUUAUGCUGUUAGAUUAAGUUCAAAUUUUGUAAUAAGUUUCACUUCAUAUUAGAUAUAUUUAUGCCAUUGUUUUUUAUGUACGUAACUAGGAACUUCCCUCACAUUUUUAAUAAAGUGUUGACGCAAAAUGUAAAAUGUGUUGGAAAGUUUCACUGAAUUAAUAAAGAUAUGCCUUUUUA